AUGUCCACGAUAUCGAAUCCCACCCUUAGCUACAUGUGGCUACCUUGGUCGGAAAUACAAGCAGUUCGUUCACGAGUCAAUCGAGCGCCCACAUUUCAGCAUCGCGCACAGCUUUCCACGAUUGCUCUCAAGGGAACAUAUAAGAUGAAAAGGAUUGAAACGACCAAAAUCGUGAUGGCUGCCCGGACGGCAGACGGGGGACGUCAGAAAAACCAGAUAAGAUUGACCGCAUUUGGGCCGAUCGCUGACCAGCAACAAGCGCAUUCCCGGCCAUUUCCAAUCACUCCUAAUCUACCGGCUUCCAAGUUAUGCGCUGCCUUGAACCCCGACUCGUUUCAUCGAAUGGAACCCAAGGUCAAUACUGCCGGUAACGCACCAAGGCACACGAGGCAAUCGCUCACCCGGUCGGACCAAUGGCCAUAUGCCCUGCGCCGAGUCAUCGACGCCCCGACUGGAAUUGACAAUAUUGGACCUCGAACCUGGCUGGGCCUGUGCCGGAGUAUGUUCCAGCUGAUCUACUGCUACUGGACUGGCUCUACAGGUGCAACUGGCUGCAUCGAUUCAUUGAGCUGCCAGUACAUAGAGUCAGGCUUUAGCUCGCUGUAUCCAUCAGUGUUGGUCAUCGAAGGAGGGGAGCCCUUCUGGCUGACCAUCUUCGUCAUUGGGAGAUGGGGUCGUGAUCACUGGUGGUGGCAGGCCAUGACGGAGCGCAUUGGGGACCCGAUACUUUCCAUUCCCUUACCUUACCUUACUGUGUAUAAUCCUUACCGUAUGGUUCCAAUGCUCCAAUACCACUUGCUCUGGAACCUGGAUCAUCCUUCGCCCAAACGAAUUUGUUCUGCGGUGAACCGGACCCCCUUGCCCCCAACGCGCGCUGAGAGGCUGACCUGUCCCGCCCUGCCCUUUGUCUUUUCGACUGCGGGUUCUUGUCUUCCAUUGCCAAUGGUCGUUAAACGGAGACUACCUAUCCAGACUUCUUCCCUCCGCACCCCCGAUCCCAUCCCGUCCAUCGGCCCCGAUUCCAACAGAUUUCUGCAACAGCGAUGGAAGUGGUACUCCACCAGACUGGAGUACGUAUUCGCGACCCCGUCGACCGGCCGAUUCCAGAAGCUCGACUUUCACCUGGUGGUUAAAUUUCGGGCGGCACAUGAGGUAAUACCUGCCACACCGGCCGUCUUCCGUCACGGUGCUGAUGCUGAGGACGCGCUUUCCCCAAUUUUUAGCAACAAGCGUUGCAUCACCAACAGGAAUCUGAUGCUGGGACCCAUUCCAUUUCACUUCUCUGCUCGUCCUUUUGCUGCCUUGGCUUUUGCAUCUAACUGCAAAUUUGGAUUUGCCCUGUUUCAAUGGACUGCAUUUUGA